GCGCUAUAACUGCGGGCCUCUGCACGCAGCCGCAGGCUCGCAGAGACGCGCGCCUGAGCCCGGAAAAUGGACUUCGCGUGCCUGUGGCUAGCGCUUCUGCUGCCUUUGGUAGCGGCGCUGGAUUUCAGAUACCACCACCAGGAAGGGAUGGAAGAGUUUUUGAAGAGUGUUGCCCAAAACUACAGUUCUAUCACUCACUUACACAGCAUUGGGAAGUCUGUGGAAGGUAGAAACCUGUGGGUCCUUGUUGUGGGUCGAUUUCCCAAGGAGCACAGAGUUGGGAUUCCAGAAUUCAAAUACGUGGCAAAUAUGCAUGGAGAUGAGACUGUCGGCCGGGAACUGCUACUCCAUCUAAUUGACUAUCUCGUAACCAGACAUGGGAAAGAUCUUGAAAUUACAAAUCUAAUCAACAGUACCCGGAUACACAUUAUGCCUUCAAUGAACCCAGAUGGAUUUGAAGCUGUCUGGAAGCCUGACUGUUAUUAUAGUAAUGGCAGGGAAAAUUAUAACCAAUAUGACCUGAAUAGAAAUUUCCCUGAUGCUUUUGAAUAUAAUAACGUAUCAAGACAGCCUGAAACUCAAGCAGUCAUGAAGUGGCUGAAAUCGGAGACGUUUGUCCUCUCUGCAAACCUGCAUGGUGGCGCCCUGGUAGCCAGUUACCCGUUUGAUAAUGGUGCUCCAGUCAAUCAAAUGGUCUUGGUUUGUCUUUCAAAUGUAGCAACUGGAACCUCACACUCACGAAGCUUAACUCCUGAUGAUGAUGUUUUCCAACACCUUGCACAUACCUACGCUUCGAGAAAUCCCAACAUGACAAAACCAGAUCAGUGUAAAAAUAAAAUGAACUUUCAUAAUGGAGUUACAAAUGGAUACUCCUGGUAUCCACUCCAAGGUGGAAUGCAAGAUUACAACUACGUCUGGGCCCAGUGUUUUGAAAUUACACUAGAGCUGUCAUGCUGUAAAUAUCCUCGUGAGGAGAAGCUUCCGUACUUCUGGAAUGAUAAUAAAGUCUCAUUAAUUGAAUAUAUAAAACAAGUGCACCUAGGUAUAAAGGGUCAAGUUUUUGAUCAGAAUAGAAAUCCAUUACCCAAUGUAAUUGUGGAAGUCCAAGACAGAAAACAUAUUUGCCCAUUUAAAACCAACAAAUACGGAGAAUAUUAUCUACUUCUCUUGCCCGGAUCCUAUGAAAUAAAUGUUACAGUCCCUGGACAUGAGCCACACCUCACAAAGGUGGUUAUUCCAGAGAAAUCCCAGCACUUUAGUGCUCUUAAAAAGGAUUUUGUACUUCCAUUUCAAGGGCAGUUGGGUUCUCUCCCAAUACCAAAUCCGUCAUGCCCAAUGAUUCCUCUGUACAAAAUGUCACCAAGCCACUCAGCUACAACAAAGCCCAGUUUGUUCCUAUUUUUACUGACUCUUUUGCACAUAUUUUUCAAAUAAAUUGUGAAACUCCACUCUCGUCACCACCUGGAAUCAGGGAUUGCUCACUCCAGGUUACUGCAACUCUAACUCCCACUUGUGAGACCUCAACUGGAUAAGAAGAGAAUGGACGUCUCCAGAUCCUGCAAUGAGCAAUAUGUGGCGAUAAUGAAAGGAAAUGAUUCAGUCCUUGAUGAUGAAUGGAAGACACCUACCUGUCAAGCACUGCCUACUUAAACACUUAAAUUAAUCCUGAAGUCUUAGAAAUUUAUAAGAAGUUAAACUUGAGAAGCAAAGCAGAAGUUCUUUUAAAAAGAAAAGAAAAUAAGGAGCUAAACCAGGCAUGGUGAUGUAUCCCUAUAAUGCCAGCUGUGUACUCAGAAGACUGAGGCAAGGGGGGAUCACAAGUUCAAGUCCAACCUGGGCAACUUAACAAGACCCUGUCUCAAAAUUAAAAAAAGAAAAGAGUUGGGGAUCUAGUUCCCUGGGUUCAAUCCCUAGUACUCCUUCAAAAAAACUAAUUUUAUAUGCAAAGAGUCAGGUGAAUAUGAGUAACAAAGAUGAACAUUUAUUGAUCACCUACUAUGUACAAGAUCUUGCCAUCAUGAGUGCUAUCUAUGAAGAGAUAGUGCUGUAUGUAAUUGGUUUUCCAGAAAGAAAGAAAUGAUCAUAGGACUUUAAAAUAUAUAGUUUUAAGGAGAUAUGAGAGAAAUCAGGCAAACAGGUGUCAGUGACCCAAGAAAAUAGGGCCCUGAUGUGAUGACAAGGUUUUAUCUACACCAACAGUCAAAGAAGUCUCUCUCCCUCCAAAACCAGUGUCCUUGCCUUACUGCAGUUGGAUGUCACCAUCGUUUUUGAUGAGGAACCUCCCUAGUCUAACGAGAGUAACUCUAGCUUCUUGCCUGAGCUUCAGACUCAUGUCCCACUGCCCCACGAGAUAUACUUCACACUCAUCACGUUGCAAAUGGAGCUUGAUUUUCCCUCAAGAGCUUUUAGUGCUAUAUCCUCUAUAUCAGUUAUUGGUACCACCAUGCUAGAAAUCUGAGAAUCCUCAAUACUACCUCUUUCUUCUUUAUCAUGUGUUCAGUCACUAAGGAUUGGUUAUAAAUACUAAUUCUGCCCUCUUCUUCACGGCCUUUAGCACUGCAGUUUAGGCUCUCGUACUUCACCUGCACCACAACAGUUAAACUUCUCUCUUGCUCCCAGCCGCCUCCAUCCUCCGCACAGUCUUGGGGGCUACUUAAAAAUCAACAACCAACUGCUAUUACCUAAACACAUGACAUGCUUUUUGUGUUUUCUUUAUCUGGAAUGCCAUUCUGAGUCACUUUUUUUUUUUUUUUUUGUACCGGGGAUCAAACUCAGGACCUUGCGUUUUUGAGGCAGGCGGCAGCACCACUGAGCUAAAUCCCAGGCCCUGAUUCACUACAUUUUCCACUGUUACAUUAAAACUCCUUUCAAAUAUCAACUCCAACAGGAUGCCUUAACCAUCAUCCCAUUCAACACCAUUCCACCCCUUCCCAGCCCAUCUGGGCUUCAAGGCCCUUUCUCUUUUCUCCUCAGAAUAACCUGGUUCUCUCUUACUGGAUGUACAACACCGUACUACAACUGCCUACUUCAUAUGUGCCUCUCCAAUACAGUCUGAGUUCUUUGAGGUCAUGGUCUACUUGUUUGAAAAAUUCAUUUUUAUAUCCUUAGAGCCUAGCACAAAGCAGUUCAGAGGACAACCUGCUACUCUUAGACCCUUUCAGAAACUGUAUGGCUUUGAGAUUUUUUGUGAAAGCAGGUCUUAAAUUUUGGCAGUCUGAUACUCACUAGUACCCUGACAGACGCAUGUUUCCAUAUAGCAAGAAAAAAGCUCCAAAUGCAGUGUUUUUCUUCCAUAUAAGUGCAUUUACUUCCAUACUUAUCAUAAGGUUUGUUGUAAAGUAUUGUUAGCUGGUAAUAGCAUGCCACUUUUUUAUCAGAAAAAAAUACUAUAUCAUUAGUACUCAUUUGAACCUACCAUUCUCUACUGUGAAAGUUAACCUAUCUUAAAAUAUUGUGUGUAAGAAUGAAAGGCAUGGGCUGGGGAUUUAGCUCAGUGGCACCACACCUGCCUCACAAGCGCAAGGUCCUGAGUUCAAUCCCCAGUACCAAAAAGAAUGAAAGGCAGAGGGGAAGGACCAAACAGAAAAACAAUGGCAGCUCUUGUAGGCAGAUUCCUAAGUGCUGUAUAUCAUUAUGAAAAAUGAGUUGUCUUGCUUAUUUUAAAUUGUAUCUGAAUAUGAAACCACACUGAUCUUGACAGCUUGAGAACCCACAAAGGGCGGAGGAGACCUUGGUUUUUAGGUGCCAUUUCUGCCAAACUUACUCUACAUGCACAAAUCAUACCUGUUAUCAACAGUAUUUGUCUUUUUUAAUUUAUAAAAUCUGGUAAUAUCCUGAAUGUCUUUACCAUUUGUAUUUAAGCAAUAACUUAUUAAAUAAUUGAAAGUAUAUGUUAAUAUAAUAAUGCAGAAAAUUAUAUUGGUAUAUUAAAUAUAAAAGUGUAUAAGAAUAGACUUGAUUUACCAUCAAGCCCUAAACCAGUGAUGGUGAACCUUUUAGAGCUUUCAGUAACAAACAGCCUGCUGUGGAAUGCAUGCUAUAGAUUCUCCACCACUGCCCUAAACAAUUUUUCUAUUGAGAACUCAGAGUUCUAACUUUUUUCUAAGACAGCAGUUUUUAAAGGUACAUGAACUGAAAUUUGAAUUGGUUCAUGAGCUUAAUGUAAAUUUGUUACUGGAAGUGGGGUUUUUUUGGUACCAGGGACCGAACUCAGGACCUUGUGCUUGCACAGCAUGCGGUGAAACCACUGAGCUAAAUCCCCGGCCCAACUGGAAGUGUUUUUAAAAUCAGAAAUUUGUAUCAAAAUAAAAUUUUAAAUCAUUUAAAGGCAAACAGGGCUGAGGGUGUGGCUCAGUGGAACAUAUGCUUAGCCUGUGUGAUGCCCUGAGUGCAAUCUCCAGCACAUUUGCACACACACACAGAUAAAAUACAAUCAUGAAAUUCUGUGGUCAAACCAAGCCCCAAACGUCCCUGCCUAACACCUUUCCCAGUCUAUUCCACCCUCUUAGACUGAUUCCUUCUCAAGCUCUAAAUUCAAUUACAGUGGCAUCUCAGUUCACAAAUUUAAUUUGUUUCACUAUUUCGGAAAAGACGGCCAUGUUUAUGUUUGUGUGUGGGAAAGAAGGCUGUGGUCGUUUUUUGUCACCCAAAGUAGAGUUUGCAGACAAAAAAUUUUGCCAAACGCUUUUAUGAACCAAAUUGUUCUCAAAAGAGUUUGAACUGAGGUAGCACUGUAUAAUCCUUUUUACAGAAAAACCAACAUUAUAAAGGUUUUCAAGGUAAGAAAAAAAGCAGAAGUAACAAUAGAUGGCAGGAACCCUGGGUUCAAAUCCACUGCACAUUUAGUUUCCUUAUCUGUAAAAUGAAGACCCCCUUGGUUAGAAACAGAAGAGACCACAUUUUGGUGCUUUUCCAGGUGAAGGAAGGAUAAUUAAUAUUCAGAUUAAUAUUUUGAAGAUUAUAAUACACCUUAUUAAAGGCCAGUACUUCUGCGUCAGUUAUAAACUAUUGAUCUAAAAACAAAAAUUUUGGUUAGCAAGACUGAGCAACUAAUAUUGAAGGAAGUUUUGAUGAAGUGAAAUGAGCAAUGCUAACCUGAUUCUAAAUGUGUGAAGUAUUUUAGAGAAAUGUUAAGUCUGUACAGACAAGUGUCAGUGUUGAUUUUGGUGCUUAUCACAUUCAGAGAAGCUGCUAGUUGUAUCAGAAAUGUUAAAACCUCAACAUUUCUGAAAGUAUAAGUCAGUGUUGUGUUUUGUUACAGAAGCAAAUUUGCAUUUGUAAUGUUUCUGAAAACAGUGUAAGUUACAUUUAUGUAUAAAAAGUAUACAUAUCUGAUGCUGGAUUCAAAGUACCUUCUAGGGAACCCAAAAAUAUAAGAAUGGCAUACUGCCUUAUUGCAACAGGAUAAGUUAGUUACUGAGAAAUUUGGUUCUUAAGCAGUGAUAAUAUGGUUGGAGUUUAUGUUAUGACAGAUUACUUGUAUCCUCCUGACUUCAGGUGGCAGGAAAGGAAGAUGAUGGUCCUACUGGGUAAAGAGCACAAAGAGUUCCUAAUAUCUAAAGUAGAAAUCUGCAUGUUAUAAACUUUGUUAUAUCACUAAUAAGUAGAUAUUAUACUGUAUUGUUCACAAACCAUUUUAUCAUUUUAGAUUUGAACUAUUCUAACCUUUUAUAGAGGUUACAUGGAUAAUUUUACAAGUUCUCUCAGUGACUUUCUUUUAUAAUUAAGAACUUACUAAAAUGAAUUGUCUCUACUAAAGUUUAUUGGGGAGGAGCCAUGACUACCUCUGAGUUUAGUAAAUCUAGGACUUCUGAUUAUCAAUAAAAAAUACUCAUACAGUAAA